AUGCCAUUCAGGGUAGAAAAAUACCGUCCACAGGUGCUGGACGAUAUUGUCGGCAACACUGAUACCAUUGAACGGCUAAAGGUCAUUGCACGGGAUGGCAAUUGCCCUCACUUGAUUAUCUCGGGAAUGCCAGGAAUUGGCAAAACGACUAGCAUUCAUUGCUUGGCCCAUCAAUUACUCGGAGAUGCUUACAAGGAAGGCGUCCUCGAACUCAACGCAUCAGACGAACGCGGCAUUGACGUCGUGCGGAACAAAAUCAAAGCUUUUGCUCAAAAGAAGGUUACUUUGCCACCAGGCCGACACAAGAUCAUCAUCCUCGAUGAAGCCGACAGUAUGACACCUGGCGCUCAGCAAGCUCUCCGAAGGACCAUGGAAAUCUUCUCAAACACCACUCGUUUCUGCUUGGCCUGUAACAUGAGCAACAAGAUAAUCGAACCCAUCCAGUCGCGCUGUGCGAUCCUUCGAUAUGCCAAACUGCGGGACCAGGAAGUCCUGAAGCGGUUAUUGGAGAUUUGCGAAAUGGAAAAGGUGCAAUACAAUGAUGAUGGACUGACCGCUUUGAUCUUUACGGCGGAAGGCGAUAUGCGGCAAGCAAUUAACAACCUUCAGUCAACGCAUUCAGGGUUUGGCUUCGUCUCGGCCGACAAUGUGUUCAAAGUCUGCGACCAGCCACACCCUAUUGUUGUGCAAUCCAUGAUUCGAGCUUGUCUAAAAGGAGAGAUCGACCCUGCACUCGAAAAACUACACGAACUGUGGGAUCAGGGGUACAGUGCUGUGGACAUUGUCGUUACUCUUUUCAGAGUGGUCAAGACCUUUGACGACAUGCCCGAGUAUACGAAACUGGAGUAUAUCAAGGAAAUUGGGUUUACGCACAUGCGGAUACUGGAAGGCGUAGGGACACUGAUACAGCUUGCAGGGCUUGUGGCUCGAUUGUGCAAGAUGCAAAUGAAGCCAGAGCUUCUAAAGAUAUAG